AUGGAGUAGGUUCUCCAUAUUCCACAGUGGCUAACCAUGAAGGAGAAGAGUACAGUAGAGGAGAGAGAAAAAAUAGGACCUGUGCCUGACUGAAGUUGUCGUACUCCAUACGCCAUUCCAUGUUUCCCUAUUGCUUGUAUUUUGCCUUUUCUUCUUUUGCGCAAAAAUCCACACUUUGUUCACCCCCAUUCAUUCCGCGCGCUCUCUCUCCCUCUCUUCCCCUUCCCCUACGUACUUGCGUUCUCUCUACUAACUACGGAGUACUAUCUAUCUUCUCUCCUUUUCGCUUUUGCCCUUUUGGUCUUUUGACUUUGGGCUCAACGCUCGUUUCUUUUUUGUGGCCGUCCCGUGUCCGUCCUCCUAGUAGUUUAGUUAGUUAGUAGUAAUUAGAUAUUUGUUGCUGCUUAGAUAGAAAAAACUACUUACUACUUAACAUAACAUAAUACUUUAUUAUUACAAAAUACAU